GGCAGGAGAAUAUAGUCAAUUAUCCGUACAAUAGUCGAACAGACCAUUUACUAGUAGAUAAAUAUAUUCAAUUUAGAGUGAACAGAAAUGUCUGACUAUAACCAACAGGGAAAUCAAUCCAACGGAAACGGUGUCCGGAAUGACGACAGAAAGCUCUUCAUCGGUGGUAUAAGCGCGGAAACAACCGAUCAGGAUCUGCGAAACCACUUUGUCCAGUACGGUGAAAUCGAAAGUGUGACGCUCAAGACCGAUUCCCAAACGGGUCGUUCGCGGGGAUUUGCCUUUCUCGUUUUCGACAGUGCCGACUCUGUUGGUAGAGUGGUCGCCGCCGGGGAACACAUCAUCAACGGUAAGCAAGUUGACGCGAAGAAGUCCCAAUCCAAGCAGGGUAAGAUCUUCGUCGGCGGGCUAAGUGCUGAAACCAGCGACGAGGAAGUGAAGGAGUUCUUCGGACAGUUUGGUACGGUGGUGGCGGUGGAGAGGCCGUUCGAUAAGAUGAAGAACCAGAAGAAAGCAUUCUGCUUCGUUUCAUACGAUUCGGAAGCGGUGGUGAGGGAACUUUUGAAGACACCCAAGCAGAUGCUGGGAGGUAGGGAAGUAGAUGUGAAAGCGGCAGUGUCCAGACAGGACAUGGGUGGUUCAGGUAUGCAGAUGGGUGGUCGCGGAGGCCGUGGAGGUGGUUUCGGCGGUGCGAGAAGAAGCUGGGGCGGCGAUCAAGGGUUCGGCGGUGGAUUCAACCAAAGCGAUGUCGGGGGAGGAUAUGGAGGCAACAAUUUUGGCUUCGGUAAUUACGAUAAUUCAGGAAAUGGUGGAUUCCAAGGUGGCAAGCAGCGAGGCGGCGGAGGAAACCGGCAGUAUCAACCGUACUGAAAAAUUUGGGUAACUUGCUGUGAGAAAUCUGUAUGUAUAUAGAUUGUGAGUAACUUAGGUCGAAUAAAUUUUGAAAAAUAAAUCAUGUUGAUUCUUUUGA